AUGGGCCUUCCAACCUCCGAGAAGGACGACGCCGGCUCUCCCGCUGCACCCAGCAAAUCUUUACUGCAAUCUCUUGUCUCUUUCGGCUCGCCGCCGUCGCUCCUGCCCGACCAUGACUGGCUUGUCGGCGUCCGUGGCUUCCUCGUCGUCCAGUCGUUUGUCUGGUGCUUCCUGACCGUGUUCGCGCCGGCCACGGUGAAGGGUGCUGAGAACAUCGACGGCCCGUUCUAUCAGAUCAUCCUCCGCAAGGUCUUCUCGGUGCUUUUCUGGAACGAGUCCCUCAUCUACUCGUCGAUCGUCCUGCUCUCGGCGCGCACCAUCUGUCUCCCGUUCCUGGUGAACCCGAGUCGCCAGGUCGUGGCCAGCCAGGUGUUCCGCCGCGGCAUCCGCCUCUGGAUCCCCACGGCUGUGGCCUUCGGGCUGUCGACGGUCGUGCUCAACCAGAUGGGCCUGGGCUACGUGGACGAGUUCAAGGCGCAAACGGGCAACGUGACGAUUGCGACGCCGGAGCGCAUCCAGAACUUCCUCAACUGGUUCAACUCGAUGUUCGAGAUCUUCUGGGUGAACAAGAACUACGCGACGCAGAAGGGCAGCCUGGCGUUUCCGUCGCAGACGCUGUUCAGCGUCAGCAUCGUCUUCGUGCAGAGCUACACGGUGUACAUGACGAUGAUCUGCAUCCCGUACACGCGGAACUCGUGGCGGGUCAAGGCCUUCCUGUUCUUCAUCGCGACGGCGUGGUGGGUGCAGUCGUGGGCGUGGUACUCGGUCACGGGGGUUCUCCUCGCCGACAUGGUCAUGAACAUGGACUUCAAGGCAAAGGCGCAGCGUGGCAUACCGGUGCGGGUGCCGGGAGGCCGGUCUGUGCGGUGCCCCUCGUAUGUCGCGUAUGCUGUGCUGCUGCUGGCAGGGCUCGUCAUGGAGUACCUGUGGAUCGCGUGGCGGCCGGAGUACGAAAAGGCCGAGUUGAAGGGCCACACGGGCCUGUACAACGCAGGCUCGCUCAACGACGGACUGGACCUGUCGCAGCCGCUGGCGCGCGACGACAAUUACCUGGUCAUCCUGGGCAGCAUGCUCAUGAUGGAGACGUCGGACGUGCUGCAGUGGGUGUUGAAGAACCCGCUCUUCACGUACUUGGGACGCCGCUCGUUCAGCUACUUCCUCAUCCAGGCGACCAUCAUCUACACGGCCGGCAUCAAGCUGUUCCUCCACGUGCGGGUCGACAAGGGCUGGCCGGAGGGCGCGAGCAACAUUCUGUGCCUGGCGGUGUGCUUGGCCACGGUGGUGCCGGGGGCGGAGAUAUUCUAUCGGGCGGUCGACUACCCGAGCCAGGUGCUGGCGCAUGUGGCGUGGAAGUUCAUGAUAGAGUAG